UCGAACAAUGGUUGUUGUUGUUGCCGCUGUCGACGUCGUUGAAAACAGCAGCAGCAGCAGCGGGAGCGGUGACUGUAGCGGUAUCGUAAGCGGUACCGCUGAGCUUCCAGCAUUUGGCGGCAGUACACAAGCAACGGCGGUCAAUAACAAUCAUACUGAUAAGAAUACUACUACAACAACAACGACGACUGGGCAGGUGACACUGGAGGAGGUGGGGGACGAGGAGGCGGAGGGGGAGAAGCAAUUGCAUCAUCCAAAGGAUACUCAGAAGGAUAAUCAUCAGCAGCAGCAGCAGCAGCAGCACGAGUCGGAGAACAACAAUUGCAGUAGCAGCAACAGCAGCAACAUUGCCAACAACAACAUGACGGACGCGGCCAAAGGAACCGCGCCGACGACCACAUCCACGACAGGAUCGGAGGCGGCCAUGCCCACCAAGAGCGCCGUCAGCCAGCGGAACGUGGACAUCAAGAUCGAGAAGACCAGCAACAUGGAGGCGGCCACACAGCAGCUGACCAAGAAGGUUCUCAAACUGGAUCUGGGCGGCAAGAGCAUCGACGAGUACUCCCUCAAGUCGCCUAAGUCACCCAUCGCUGCACGUUUGCCGCAUCAAACAUCGCUGACGUCAUCGGUGGACGUGGAGGACCGGAAGACAUUACGAGAGGCCUUAUACCAGGGUAUAUUCCAUCGCCACCGCCGCACCAUCUUCGCCGUGGGCAGCUUCCUGCGGAUGCUGCGCAGCCGCAACUCGCAAUACAACACGAUACGCAGCUCGUCGGAGGGCGAGGACAUCGAUGAGCAGCUGCAGAAGCAACAACAGCAGGAGCUGGAGCAGUCGCAUGAACACCUCCAGCCGCCUGGCCAAGAAGUAACGACCACAUCCACGACACCACCAUCCGGACAGCAGCGAGCAUUGGAUUCGAUUUAGAUGGCCUUGCUGCUUGAGUUGAAUUUUGGAUUUAUUUAUUAGCCCAUACGACGUUCGCGUAUUAUAAAAUGCUAUUUUACGAUUUACGAUUAUUGUUAAACAUCGUGCAACCAUGAGACUAGCCACCCGUUGUGUUAGCAUGUAGUGAGCCAUAUUAGUUCCGUAACUAGUACUAUUGUUGGCGGACAGUGACCUGACUCCAUACCAAAACCCACAUCUGCAGAGUACUGACGACAUUCCCGAGGAUCCGCUGCUUCAUCUCGUUCAUUCUUUGAGCAGAUCGCCUUAUCUUAACUGCGACCCACUUAAGCUUAACUAAACUGAUAACUAAAUGUGAACCCAAGCUGAACUUGAAACUCUUACUUACGUACAUGCUAUGUAUAAAAAACCAACUUAAUUGUAUUAAACUCGCAUUGUUUCAGCGCCCAGCUCUCAGUAUAUAGGUGAAAAACUAACCCAGUUCGCUUCAUCUGUCCGUCUGUUUGAGUCACUGAUAUUUAGCUACCAAAAUCAAGUUAAUCCGAUUAGUCAUUUACCAUUUUUUAAUUAGUUAAGUUCGAUUAAUAUCAUUUUCGUAGUAGCCGGUGCAUGUUAGAAGUGCAAUACAAAUUAUUAUACAUUUUGAAUAAAGCAUAUUUUGUUCUUAAUAUAAUAUCACUAAUCAAAAUGGUUAAUUUGUCUAUAGAAGUAGUGCAAUGUAUAAACUUAAAAUUAAAACAAAUCAUUGAUCCAAAUUAAAGUUUGAACUUAUAAUAUUCCGCAUAAAUAGUGUUUAGAAGUUCAGUAUAAUAAUAUAGAUUUAAAAAGGUUUCAAAAAUAAAUUUCAUAAAAUUUCUUAAUUUGUAUACCCUUGUAGAGGGUAUUAUAAUUUCAGUCAAAAGUUUUUAUAAUAUGAUUUUGCUCUGUCUUAAUUUCACCUAAAAACUAAUGUUAAUUGGCAUUGUGCUAUUAAAUAUUUCGCAUCAGAGUUCUUAAUUAAUUAUUAAUAGUUUAUUGUUAAAAUCACACAAACACUUACAGGGUUUCAAAGCUAAAGUACUUUAGGUUUUUUUUUAAUAUGGUGUGAUUUUAUUUAUAUCUGUGCUUAAAAUUUUCUUAUAGUCUUUUAGGUAAAAUAAUUUGCAUAACGUAAGAGCUAAACCUUUUCUAAACUGCCUUCAAUAAAAAUCAGAGUGCUGGGUAACCAAAUAGUCGAGCGAUAAUCGACUAUAGUUUUUUACUGAUUCUUCAGUUUAUUCCAUUCCGUUUUUUUUUGUAUGUCAUUGAAAAUUCGUUGGCAUUCGUAUUUCAUUGCAAAGGGAACAAAACUUAUAAAGCCGCACGUCGAAAAAAUGUUUUUUAAACGAUGAACAAGUUGAUAUAUUGCGCCUAGACCUAAUAUAUAUAUGUAGCUACUAUAUACGAUAUAUAAACCCAUAUAUACUGAUAUAUUUGAAUGUAUAUGGCCUAGUUAUAGAACAUACACGAUUGUUGUUGUCCCCAUAAACAUAUUAUGUGUAAUUAACUUUGAUUUGCGAUCCCACAACCAGAAACACACAUUUAAUAAUUAGUGUAAACAUAUAUUUUAGAGCAUUUUUUUUGUUCAUGGUACCUUACGUAUAGAGCUAGAACUAAUUGCAUAGUUAGUGGUUUAAGAUGACAUUUUGUACAGGACAAAGACAAUGGAAAUCGUUUCAUGACACAAAAGACAACCGAUAUUUGCUAAACUGUACCGUAACCAUACCAUUUUGUAGUUCACUUCUUAUUACACCCCACUUACUCCCAAUACUAUUAUUUACCCGAUUUGAUUUCUAUUGGAAGAACAAUAAAACCUAAACAAAUGCUAA